UUUUCGGUUUUCGCUUUUGUAUCAAAUAUUGCAAGGAAAAAUGCAGUUUUGCACCGACGUUCAAACGGAGUAGGGAGUACUGUUCAGAAGCAUCUCAUGUUUGUUAGUUGUUAGUCUGCAGCAUAGGCUAUGGUAAUUGUCACACUCACAUCUGAUCCUUAACAUUUGUCAUUAUCGACAUGGCAGAACAUAAUUUUUUAAUCUUUAACCGGGAAGACGAGGGUGAAGAUUGUCACGAGGAUGUGUGGGAUGAUACGGCUUUAAUUCAAGCGUAUGAUCGAGCUGUGAAUCGAGCUAAAGAAAAGGUGGCGUCACAAUUGAGCCUGGAAGACGAAAACCCCAAAAGAACAACAAGUGAUGUUUCAGAUGAAAAACAAUCAGAGUCUCCUUCAAAAUCAUCAAAAACGAGGGAUUGGAUGAUUGGGGAAGAUGUUCGAGCAGUGAAUCUAGCUAAAGAAAAGGUGGUGUCACAAUUGAGCCUGGAAAACAAAAACCCCAAAAGCACAACAAGUAAUGUUUCAGAUGAAGAACAAUCAGAGUCUCCUUCAAUAUCAUCAAAAAAGAGGGAUUGGAUGAUUGGGGAAGAUGUUCGAGCAGUUUACUCUGAAGAUGGUUUAGAAUAUGAAGCCAUUAUUAAGAAAAUCGAUAAAAAAAACUCAUCAUGCCUGAUAAGCUUCUUAGGCUAUGGAAAUGACGAAAUUGUAUUCCUAAGGGAUCUGAAACCGACAGCUGGUGUUACUGCUAGAAAAAAACAAGUUAUUGCUUCUGGUAAUUACCGGAAUUACUCAAGUUCCAGUUCCAGUGACAUGGAAGAGGAGUAUGAGGAGUUACUGCCUCCCUUGAAACCUCCACCAAUGGCUGGGUUAGACUGGCAACCUGCAAAGCCAGAACCUCCACUAAUGGCUGGGUUAGACUGGCAACCUGCAAAGCUCGAACCUCCUCCGAAAUUUCCCGGUAUGAGUAAUAUGUCUUCUAUACCACCACCUCCACCUCCAACAGCCUGGCCCACUCAUGGUACAGCAGAAAUGGAUUCUGAUUCUCUGUAUUCUAUGCUGAUGUCAUGGUACAUGGCAGGAUAUCACACAGGCUAUUAUCAAGGUGUCCAGCAGAGGAACAAGAGGAAAGCAAACAGCAGUGGCUCUUCAUAAAUUGUAAACAAGCAAGGAAUAAUACAAUGUAUCUCGGUUUUGCAA